AUCCGUUGUGUUUUGUUUUGGAUUUGCCAGUUUCCGCGGUCAAUUUUCAGAAAAAUGUCGAAAAUGGCACCACGAACCUUCCUCAAGUCUCGAAUGAAAAAGAAACCGAACAUGCGAAUUGGUAAAAAUGCAGAUUUGAUGGUCCAGUUGAACCUGCUCCUUGUUCUUCACCGUCUGGCUGAAGAGUCAAGAGCCAAAGCCUUUGAAGAGAAAACAGCCACCGUCAAAUCUCACCAUAUCAGAGCAGUCUCCAAGAAGCUGCUAAAGAGCAUACGUGGAUAA